AUGCAAGGAGAAGAAGACGAGAUAUAUUUAUCACAUAGACAAGUUGUAGCAACUAUAAAUAAUUUCAUUUUAAAAAUUCAAUAUUUGAAAUCGAAUAUAAAACACGUACCAAUACUUGAUGACGAAACAGGUAAAUUUACUGGCUUUUUUAGACUGCACUAUAAAGAUUCCGAAGAACUAUUUCGUGAAGAAGACAAAGAAUUAUUCCGUAGUGGUGACGCUGCAAAAUCAAAAAAAGUUUAA